AUGGCGACAGUUGGUGGUUCACCUGUGACAUCUGCUAAACUAACAGAGCUUGGGAAAGCAUUGAAUCAAACGUCGAUUUCCAAUGUUGAUAAUGGCGUUCUAUCACCUCUUACGACAGGAAAAGCUUCAAGUGAUGCAUUUAAUGAAAUGGAAGACGAGCAUGAUUAUAAUAAUAAUGAGGAGGAGGAUCAGACGAAUGAUGGUCAAGUGGUGAGUACACAAACAAUGAAACGAUCUGCCAAAAGUCCAAAGAAACGUGGACGUACUGAUAGUUUGAAGAAAAUGCUGCCAGCACCGGCCUCACAGCGACACAAGCAGGUGUUACAAUUUCUUCAGUCUCCACUGCAAAGAAGCAGUGGUACUGAAGAAGAAUCAGUAGCUUCGCCUUCAGUUGACACAUUGCACGAGACGUCAUCGCAAUUGCAACGAACACAAGGUCAACCUGCAAAGUUGAUGGUAAAAGAUCGAAGAGGAAGUGGUAUGGGCGUCCCACGAGCUCAUUUAAUUUUAAAUGCCGUCAAGCAAGCGCCUCCAGCCAAGGAAAAAUCGAAUCCAAGACGGUGGUCUAAGCACGAAGAUGAGUCACUGAGGUUGGCGGUAGAGAGAAGCGGCGAGCGUAACUGGAAAGCAAUUGCUGACCAAGUACCGGGACGAAAUCACACGCAGUGUUUGCAACGAUGGACGAAAGUGCUUAAGCCAGGCUUGAUUAAGGGCCAUUGGACACCUGAAGAAGACGCAAAGCUCCGGGAAUUAGUGGCGGAAGGCAAAAAAAACUGGGGACAAGUUGCGUCUCUUAUUCCCGGACGGACGUCCAAGCAAUGCAGGGAACGAUGGUGUAACCACCUGGACCCAAAUAUUAACAAAGGAUCUUAUACUGAGGAUGAAGACAAGAUUAUCGUUGAGAUGCAAGCCAAGUUGGGCAACCGCUGGUCUAUAAUCGCACAGCAACUUAAGGGUCGAACGGAAGAUGCAGUUAAAAUUCGUUGGAAAUCGCUGAUGCGUGGACGGCGGGCUGCAUCUAAAGAAGAAAAAUCAUCAGCUGUUUCAACUACGUUGCUUGCAGCUGACACUGCUGCUAUCACAUCGAUGCCAUCGCGAGCAGAUAAGGAACGACCGAAAAUGAAAGAUUUGAAGGGUAGCUUUGCCCGUCAAAGUAGUCGUGCUUUAGCAAUGGCAAACACAACAGUGAAAACUGAACAUGAUGUGGUAGCUGAAAACAAAGUAUUAGCAGAUCCGACUCCUACCGUCGACAACGAGGGUAAUUCGGCUGAAAAUGUGCCCGACACAGCGUUUGUGAAAAGCAUGCAAGCAUUGGCUCCUGCAUCGCAGCCGGAUAUAACGACAGUGAUGAGUGGGACUACCAACUCGAUGCAAGUAAAUGACUUAGUGGCUGCAUCGAUUUACAAUUUUCAGAUGAGUCAGCGGUUUCAUCCAAGCUCGAUAGCACAUGCUAACACCGCGAUGUAUCCAGGCUCCAACAAAUUGAUGAGUACUGUCGCGUCAGGCAACCGACAAUCACCUGGUGUUUAUUCGAUGGGUGACGGAGGGAUGGGGGCCUACAACAUGACCAUGCAACCACAACAGCACCUGUUGCAGCAGCACACCGAACACCAGCAGCUUUUGCCAUCGUAUCAAUAUCCACCGGGGUACACAAUGCAACAAAACGUGGGUGUGAUGUUAAACUACGGGAUGCCAACUAAUUUGUCGACGUCGAAUCGGAUGCAGUAUUCCAUGCCAGUAUCAUCUUCGAUGCAGCUGAUGCCUUCAGCACCAACCUAUUCGUCUCAGGCUGCGGCUAUGGCAAUAGCCAAUGCUCAGUAUCAACAGCAUUCUCAACACCCACCUAUUGUGCAUCAAGGUUUUAGUGGUGCUCCACUUCAUCCUCGAGUCGUGUCAACGGGCACUUUAGUAGGAACAUCUACGCAGCCUACGAUGCCUGCCACUAGUAAUGGACUCACUGCAAAUAGCGGCAGCAGCAACGGUAGUGAGGUUAAUGGAAACAGCGUGGCAAAUGCCGGUCUUCCACCUUCUUCGGCUGCUGUGGCAAAAGGAAAAGGACUGAACACACCACGGGAAGAAUGGGGUUCUUCACAGACUCCGCGGUCUCAAAUGAUUAUGACUGAAGGCCACGCAUCCGCAUACGAGUUGUUUCAUCAACAGCGACUUCGAUUAAUGCUACAGGAGCGAGAUAAGCAGGGAAUGACGCUAUGUUCAGCUCCAUCACCGGGCCAAGCGUUACUCACUAAAGAGCUGGAGGCUAAUAAAGAGCGCCAAGCGCGACAAGCGAUUAUGCAGAAGGGGUGGAAAAGCGCGGUGGAAUCCAUGAUCCCUUACAAUAGUGUCAGUGAUUUAUCGACCUUGGACGAUCAGCAACGGUAUGAUGGUCUACUUGAGAAAGUAUCACUGUCGGCUCUCGAUCCAACAGACGACGGGCUGCUUGACGAGACAGUCGACAUUGUAUCGGGAGAUGAUACCGUGGACCUAUGA